CCUUGUACAUGUGGCUAGUUAACAUUAUGAUGUAUGAUACUAGACAAAUUUUGAAUGGACAAGUAUUUCUGAAUUUGAGUUUUGAUUUUUUUUUUCCAUCUUGCUCUAAGAAUGGCAGUUACCAUCAUUUCCCCAAUUCCCCGUGUUCUAUAGCUGGUCUUCUCCCCCUGUUGCAGCUUUGUCUGACACUUCACUAUUUUCAACUGAAACACUAGCUCUACUUGAUUCUCUCUAAUGCUGACCCAAAAGUACUCUCUCACUUUAACUUGUCAAGUUGCUUGGUGAUGAGAAGUUCUGAAAGAUUACCCCAGUUGAUCAAGUGGUUAUUAUCUGUUCAUCUUUUGAUAAGUGCCAGCAGCAGGCUUUGGUCACUGAAGUCUGAAGGUGCCCUCACAUGCAAGACCGUUGGUGGCCAAUGGGAAUCUGGGGCUGACGGAUACUCGUUCAUAUUAAACGACAAGGCUUAACGAGAUGAACGCCCGUCUGCCUGCCACAUCCUAUUUUGGGGGGAGGCGUAUAGUUCAUGGAGUACUUCCCAACAUGGCGUCGCUGUGCUCAGGCCUAUCCGAAUGCCAAAAAAUAAAGUAUUCCUUCCACUGAGGCUCGGGUCACCUCCCCCCAUCGUCCUAGCACGGACUCGCCACCACCAACACCUCACUGCUCCACACGACCACACUCUUCCCGAGUCGGCAAGUAGAGUGAGCUGAGCUCCCCCAUCCCUGUGGCGGCGAGAUGCGGGGACGGCAGAUCCCUCCUCCCGCCGCCGCCUCCUCCCGCGUCGUCGUCCUCGCGGCGGCGGUGGCCGCGCUGCUGGCCGCGGCGCUCCAGCCGCUGCCUGCCGCGGGCGUGGACGUGGCGGCGGUGCUCGCGGCGUUCCCGGACCUCGCCGGCUUCGCGCGGCUGCUCGCGUCCAGCCCGGUGGCCGGGGAGCUCGCCGGGCGGUCGUCGCUGACGCUGCUGGCCGUGCCGAACGGCAACCUCCCGCAGUCGCCGUCGGCGUACGCCGCGGCGUCCGGGGCUGACCUGGCCGACGUGCUGCGCUACCACGUGCUGCUCGAGUACCUGGCCCCCGCCGACCUCCGCCGCCUGCCGGCCUCCGGGAAGCUGGUCACCACGCUGUUCCAGACCACCGGCCGCGCUCCCGCCGACCUUGGGGCCAUCAACGUCACCGCGGCGGGGUCGUCUCUGGCAAUCGUCCGCUCGCCGGCGCCGUUCCCGGGGUCGAACGCCACCGUGCUCGGCGCCGUCACCGCCGUGCCGUACAACCUGAGCGUGCUCGCCGUGGACGGCCUCAUCGUGCCGUCCGGCUUCGACCUCGCGGCGUCGGAGUCGCGGCCCCCCGCCGCAGUCAACAUAACCAAGGUCCUCGCCGACGCGCGCGCCUUCAACGUGGCCGCCUCCAUGCUGGAGGCCUCCGGCGUUGCCGACGAGUUCGAGGCCGACGAGCGCGGCGCCGGCAUCACCGUGUUCGCCCCCACCGACGACGCCUUCGCCGGCCUCCCCGCCGGCGACCGCCUCCAGUCCCUCCCCGCCGAACGCAAGGCCGUCGUGCUCCGCUUCCACGUCCUCCACUCCUACUACCCCCUCGGAUCCCUCGAGUCCAUCGUGAACCCCGUCCAGCCGACGCUCGCCACCGAGUUCAGCCAGGCCGGCCGCUUCACCCUCAACAUCACCCGCGCCAACGGCUCCGUCGCCAUCGACACCGGCGUGGUGCAGGCGACCAUCACCCGCACGGUGUUCGACCAGAACCCCGUCGCCGUGUUCGCGGUCUCCAAGGUGCUCCUCCCCAAAGAAAUGUUCAGCCGGAGCGACUCCGCCAUCGUCGCCGCCGCCACGUCGCCCCCACCGGCCCCGCUGCCCGCGGAAUCGCCGGAGAGCGCGCCGACAAAGCUAUCGUCCCCGCCCGCGCUGCGCGACACCGCCGGCGACGCGAACCACACGACGGCAGCGGCGGCGGCGGCGGCGGCGGGGAAGACGAAACCGACAAUUGGCCGGCGGUGUAUAGCGUUGUUGUAUCUACUACCACUACUGCUACCUCUGGUAUGAGAUCCGGUUCGUUUGCUUGUCCAUUACCAUCCUUGUUGAGCUCAAUUUUUGCUUUUCCUUUCUUUUUUUUUUUCUUUUUUUUGGUUAUAACUUGUACACUGGGGAGGGGGAGAAGUGAGAAGAGGUGAAUUCAGAUUGAGCUGCAAAGCAGCAUUUUUUUGUUCUUUCUCUUUCUUUUUGUUCUUACCAGCUGCUUCAUGUUGCACAAAAAGGGAAAUAAUGGUAGCAAUGUACCAUCCUUGUAAAGAUCCAAAAUCCAUUCCACCACCAUCUCUGUUCCAAAUGAAAUCACAUCCAGAUUGCUGCUGCUGA